GGAACGAGUUGUGUAAGUUGUUUUCAUUUAUUGGAAAAAAGGAAGACGCCAAGUUAAAAAUAGCUGAAGCCAUUAUGGUACAUCAUCCUUGCUACCAUUAUGGCCUACGCCAACGCUGGAAUUUUCGACGAAGCUCCAGUAGCAACCGUCGGUACACCAGUAGUAGAAGCAAAUUCUGCUCAUGUUCUGUCUAAAUCAGUCGUCAACACUUACACCAGUCAUCCAGCUCCAUUAUCUGUAUCUCCUUUAAGUUAUUCAGCUCCUAUUGCUGCGCCUGCUCCAGUCAUUUCCUCCUAUUCUGCUCCACUUCUUGCCAAGAGUGUAGCUCCUCUAUCUUUUGCAGCUCCAGCUCCAGUAUUCUCAAGCUACUCUGCACCACUCGUUGCUAAAAGUGUCGCUUCAUUCCCUAUUGAUGCUCCAGGACCAGUCAUAUCUGCUUACUCUGCACCACUUGUUGCCAAAAGUGUAGCCUCUCUUUCUUUUGUUGCUCCAGCUCCAGUAUUCUCGGCCUACUCUACACCACUCGUUGCUAAAAGUGUCGCUCCAUUCCCUAUUGCUGCUCCAGGACCAGUAGUUUCUGCCUACUCUCCUGCGCCAUUGGUACAACCUUGGUAAAGUGUUUAAUUUAG